CACCGUUUCGAUGUUCAAUUUUCAAUGGUCCGAGGCUUGUGAUAGAGUAAUCUGCCACGAUAGUCAAAUUGCUUUCUCAGUUACGCUGUUGAAAUGUUCAUUUCAUCGCUCGGCGUUCUGCCUGGAGGGUUAGAAAACCAGGCAACUGUAAUUGAUUGAAUUUUGCCAGAUUUUUUUUUUUUUUGCUUUUUGUUUUUUGUUUUUGUAUUUUUUGAACAUUACAAAUUAUCCCAAAUACCUAUAUUUCCAUAAAUAAUUAUGCUCUCAUGGCAUAGCCAUAGGUAGGUAGAGGUGUUAAGCUAUCAUUUUCAUCGAAUUUUGCCAGAUUUUUUAAGCUAAUGAAAAGAAAACAUCAGUCGUUUAAACCGCUCUUCGUACAAGUUUUCUGGGUUGGAACUACCAAGUAUAAUUCAUUAAAAUCUAUUGAAUAAUAUGCAUUAAAUUAUUAAUGAAACACCGAUAAGAUGAAAGAUGCGAACAGGGAGUUAUGGAACUUUGACGAGAGAGAAAAAUAAGGAGAAAGAAACUGCACAUGCAAACCGCUUCCAACUGUCACCAACCGACUCAAAGAAAUCCAACGGCCACGAUUACUCCCAUACUACCACUUCUACCACCACCACCUUUCUGUAACCUAAAAAGAUUGAUGAACACCCUCUUGGCAAAUACAAUUUUAGUUUUCCCCAUCACAAUCCACGCUUCUUGGUUCUCUUUCAUGGCAGUCCUGCACGUACUCAUUUCAGUCAUGGCUUUGUCUUUCGGUUUUACACUUUCAAAAAAUGCAACAAAGCCCGAGUUUGCAUUCAGUUGGUUAGACGACAAAGACACAUUCAAGGCAGGUGACAUUGCGACUAUAAGGAUCAAAGUGCUGACCAACUUUGACAAGCUUGACAAGAGAACUUUUAAGCCCAUUCUCUCAGUCAACGGAAAGCUUGGAAAUAGCUCUUAUGUAUCUGGGGUUCUUACAGAUUUUGGAGGGGAUCCUGGAAACUGGAAGCUCUACUUUACCACGAUUACUUCUGGUUUAUUCAACGUGAUUAUCAACGAGGAUCAUUAUGAAGUGUUAGAUUCGUCCCUGCAUUUCCAAGUUGAACCAGGUAAAAUCUAUCCAUCUGUUUGUGUUGCUUCUUGGAUGGGUUAUGUUAAUGAGUUUGAAGCAGGGAGUAAAGCUAGACUUCUGGUACUUCCAAAAGAUGCAUUUGGGAAUAAUAUCACUAACACCAGCGAAGACCCAAGUUUACAUAACUUUACUGUAUCUGCUUUUUAUACAAAUGGUUCUAUUGCAAGUGUUCCAAACAUCAGUUAUGUUGGUUGGAACGAAUAUGGUUAUAUCAUUCUUGAGUUUGUUGUGGUCAUAGCUGGAAAUCAGUUCUUGAAUGUGCACGGUGGGAAUCAAACCUUGAAUGGGUCUCCGCUACCAUUUAAGGUGAAUCCAGGGCCCCUUGAAGUAUCCAAUUGUGUGGCCAAAUGGAACUACGAACCAAAUGCAUGGCAAUUACUAUCCAAGAUGGAAAUCUUCAUACACCAACAAGAUCAGCAUGGGAACCUUGUUCCAGGGCUAUAUCUAUUCGAUGCUGAAGUUGUUGAGAAGGAGACAAAUUUGUCUAUACCAGUGGCAGAUUUGCACUUUAAAGAAGUGAAGGCUGGAAUUCAGUUGUUUUCUUUCAGUAAUACAGAACCAGGGAACUUUUUGCUCACAAUAUCUGAUAUGAAGCAUAAGAAAAGAAUCUCUAACAUGCCAUAUGCUUAUACCGUCUUUGUUGGUUAUUGCAAUGGAUCUAACAGUAUUGUCAAUGGAUCUGGUUUGAAUAAUUCAACUGCUGGUGAAAUCGCAUAUUUCUCCGUUUAUUUGAAUGAUAUUUAUCAUUAUCCUUCCCCAGUUGAAGUCGAAAGGCUUCAGGUAGAAAUUGUAAGAGAAAUCGACUCUUAUGGUGUGCAACCAACCAUAUAUCCUAUACAAAUAGUCAACGAGAGUACAGCUGAAAGAGGACUAAGAUAUGGGAUCAAUGGUGAAAUAGAAAUUGCUCCUGCACCAUCUUUUGAUCCGGGUAAUUAUUCUAUUGGGAGCUCAACAAUUGUUGCCACUGCCUUUAAUGUGGUCUAUACACCUCAGAGGAGUGGGAUUUAUCGAAUUCUUGUAUCCUGUGGAAAUAUUAUUCUGAAUGGGGGUCAUUCAUUUAUAAAAGAAGUUAGAGCAGCUGCAGGUGAGGUUAAUAUAUCACUUUCGGGAGUUGUAAAAUUUUCUCCUAAGGUUCCAAAGAUGAUAAUGAAUGAAGUAGUAGCGCAGCUCAUGGAUUCAUUUUCUAACCCUGUCUUGUCGCAACAAUCAAGGCUGAAACUAGAGAUUGCUUCUAUCAACGCUUCAGGUUUUUCAAGUGGGAUGUUUUUGGAUAACAAUGAUGGUUCGUACACGGGUCAUUAUCUGGCUGAGGGUAUUGGAACCUAUCAAAUGUGUGCUUCAUUUGAUAGCAGUCGCUUGCCCCCAUGCCCAUUUGGGGUCAAUGUUUAUAGUGGUGAAUAUUUUCCCAGAGCCUACAGUGAUAAUAUAUCUGUUUGGGAAGAUGAGUCAAUCGCUUUUGAUGCUUUGGAAAAUGACUACAUUGCUGGUGACAAUGCAAGCAUUCUCAAUUUCUCACAACCAAUUCAUGGUUCACUCCUACAAUAUGGAAGGCUUUUUCGCUAUACACCUUGUAAAGAUUAUUAUGGGAAUGAUACUUUUGAGUACACAAUUUCUGAUAUAAAUGGAAAUCUUGCCACUGCUGCUGUAAGUAUAUCUGUUCUCACAAUCCCACCCCAGUUUGUUUCCUUUCCAAGUGAAUUGCAAGCAACUGAAGACAUGAUUAGUCCCAGAUUCGGUGGUUUUGCUGGGUUUGAGAUAAGAUAUUCUGAUAUGAUGGAGAACAUCUCUGUUAAACUCAGUGCAAGAUCUGGGACCGUACUGUUAUCUCCUAUGCUAAUGCAGUUUUGGUCACCAUGGAGUGGAUUCUCUAUAUACAGGGGAGAUGAGGAAGCAAAUGGUUUGGUCAUGGAGGGUACUGUGGAAGUUGUCAAUUUUGCCCUCAAGUCAAUCCAGUAUUUUGGAAAUGAGAACUUUUAUGGCCGCGAUACAGUUCGAGUCUCUAUGAGGAACAGAAAUGGAGUAAAUAACUUGGAUAUUCCAGUUAUUGUGGAACCUAUUAAUGAUCCCCCAUUUAUUAACGUCCCUGAACUUAUUAUGUUGAAGAGUAAUGAGGAUGAGACAUUGAUAUAUGAUGAAAAAAGGGACAAGUUUGACUUUUCCAUUGGAGACCCUGAUCUCCGUGGCUUCCCUGCUUCUGAGUCUCUUUUUAUGGUAACCUUUUCUGUGGAGGUUAAUGAUGGAUUUCUAGUAACUAAUUUGCCAUCCGAGCUCAUCAAUACAACUGAACUGAAGAUGAAGAAUAGUUAUCAGUGGCAACCUCUUCAGACAUAUGUUGCUAUCUCAAAACAUUUUAUGGUCAAAGCUAAUGGAGUUAGAUUUCGCGGAACAAUUAGUGACUGCAAUUCUGUAAUGAAACAGCUGUCCUAUGAAGGUGGAGAACAUGGUGCUGUUUUAACAGUGACAGUAAAUGACAUGGGAAAUUAUGGAUGUUAUCCAGAUUGUGCUGACAAGAUAUCAGUGCCUUUAUACACUGAGGCUUCUAUUAAUCUAAUAAGAAGAAAGCCAAUAAAUUCAGUUGUAGCUCAUGCUUUAGGAUCGGCCAUCAUCAUUGAAUUCAUCAUGGUGUUCUGUCUUGGACUGCUACUUCUAUUCUUUACAUGCAAAUGUGCCAUUCUUCUUGCAAAGGAAAGAAGAAACAAGUCUUCGAUCAGGAAUUCUCAGCAAACCAGCACGCACAAUCCCCACAAAGAAACUGAACUAACUGUGCUGAUGUGACAUGUAAGAUUUUGCAAAAGGAAUUCCAUGUAAAGAAAGGAUUUUCACUUGGUGGGUAGUCAAAAGAAAGGAUUUUUAGAUAUGAUUUGUAAUUAUCACGUAAAUAUUAAAUGCUUUUGUCUUUA